AUGUGCGCGGGCAUGCUGCGGUGUUCGGUUCAUCGAGCUGUCGAGGCCUCACACAAUAGCAGCAGCAGCAGCAGCAGCAGCAGCAGCAGCAGCAGCAGCAGCAGCAGUAGCAGCACAGCUGCUGCGGCUGUAUUAGGCGAGCGGCUGCGUUUGUUUGAUUUGUUAAUUUGCUCAAAAGAACCAACUUGCUGCAGCAGCAGCAGCAGCAACAGCAGCAGCAGCAGCAGCAGCAGCAGCAGCACCACGCGGGCGAUCCCUCGAUCCCGCCCAGAGCAGCCUGGCCUUUGUGGGGCCCCAGCAGCAGCACAGCUGCAGCAGGGCUUUGCUGCUGCAGCAGGCCUUGAUCGAUCGCGGAGUCGAAGCCCGGCCAGCAGCAGCAGCAGCAGCAGCAGCAGCAGCAGCAGCGGCAGCAGGAGCAGCAGCAGCAGCCAGUGGGCGGCAGUUGCAAGGCCAGCAGCAGCGCCUGGAACAGCAGCAGCAGCCACAGCCGCUGCUGCAGCAGCUAGCAGCAGCCACACCCGCGUCAGCAGCAGCAGGCGAAGCAGCCGCAGCCGCUGGCAGCCUUGCAACCGCAGCAGCAGCAGCAGCAGCAGCAGCAGCAGCAGGCAUAGCAGUGAUGCACUCAACAGCAGCAGCAGCAAGGAGCCACUGCGGCUAGAGGGAGACAGCAGCAACCGGAAUUGUCUCCUUUUGUUGCUGAAGAUUUGCUGCUGCCGCAGCUGCUGCAGCUGCAGCAAUGAGGCUUCGUGCGUCUCCAUUCCCUGCUGCGCAGCAGCAGCAGCAACGGCGUUCUCGGAGUCGGGGCCCGUGAGCAGCCCCACAGUCGAUCCCGAUCCCGCUCCCGAUCCCGCUCCCGAUCCCGAGCUGGAGGAGACAAAAGGGGUUUGGGUCCGGAGGGGUGUGGGGUUGCUGCAGCAGGAGGGGGGGCCCCCCAGUUUUGCUGCUGAGGGGGGCCCCCCAAGUGUCUCCAAGUACGGGGUGGCUUCGCUGCUGGUGUUUGUUGCUGCGCUGCUGCUUGCUGCUGCUGCAGUGCAGCAGGAAAUAAAGCUGAGCAACGCGGAGGGUUUGCUGGAGGCGGAGCAGCAGCAGCAGCAGGACUUGGAGGAGCAGACGGGGCGGUUUGCUGCAGCACGAGAUGCUGCUGCUGCUGCUGCUGCUGAGUUCCGGCGGGAGACGGAGGCGCUGGAGCAGCAGCAGGGCGGGCAGGUGCUGCUGCUGCAGCAGCUGCAGCAGAAGAUCGCAGCAGCAAACAGCGAAGCCACCGCGCUGCGGCAGGCCCCCGCAGACUCCGUUGCUGCUGCUGCUGCAGCAGCAGCAGCAGCAGCAGAAGUGAAGAAGGCCAGCCUGCAGCUGCAGCUGGCGCGGAAAGCCAGGGACGAGGCGCAGCUGUCGCUGCAGCAGCUGCUGCUGCUGCAGCAGACGCCAGCAGCAGCAGCAGCAGCGGCGCUGCAGCAGCUCCAGGCCGAGAGACUCCGCCUCGAAAAAGAAGAAGCCCGCCUCGAUGUCUGUCUCCUCGGAAAGGAGACAGAAGAUAAAGAGACUUUUAUUUCUUUGAAGCAGCAGCAGCUGCACUUGGUGGAGAUGGAAGCAGCAGCAGCAGAAGAGGAGCUGCGGGAGUGGGCGGAGGAGACGCAGCGGGCGCGGGGCGAGCUGCAGCGGGAGGCAGCAGCAGCUGCUGCUGCGCUGCAGCAGCUGCAGCAGCAGCAGCAGCAGCUCGCCGCCGAGACUGCUGCAGCAGCCGAGGAACUCGAGGAGACUCUCGAAAUCAAAAAGGAGACACUUGAGGAGAUCCAGGCCCUCGAGCUGCUGCUGGAUGCUGGAGUUGAGCAGCUGGUGAAGCUGCAGGACGCCCCCACAGUUUUGCUGCGGCGGCAGCAGCAGCUGCAGCAGGCUGCGCUGCUGCAGCAGCAGCUGCAGCAGGAGAUCGAGGGCCUCGUCGGCGCGGGCCCCGCCGCCGAGGCCGAGGCAGCAGCAGCAGCAGCAGCAGCAGCAGCAGCAGCUCAGGAGGCGCAGCAGCUCGCCCAGCUCGCCCCCGAGGAGCAGCAGCUGCUGCUGCUGCUGCAGCGCCGCCUGCUGCUGCUGCGGCAGCUGCGAGAAGCAGAAGCAGAAGCAGCUUUCUUCAGCGACAAGCCAGACAAGUUCAAACUUGCUGCUGCUCUCAACGGGCUCAUAAGGGCCCAGGCCGAAGCAGCAGUGGACGAGUUUGUGGGGCUGGAGGAGGCGGGAGGAGACGAUCCCGGGAUCGGCUCCGACGAUCCCAGCUCCGACGGAGACGAUCCCUUCUCCGACGGAGACGAUCCCAGCGCCGAAGACGAUCCCAGCUCCCAGGAAGACGAUCCCGCCUCCCAAGAAGACGAUCCCAGCUCCCAAGAAGACGAUCCCAGCCCCCACGGAGACGAUCCCGACGAUCCCAGCUCCCGGGGAGACGAUCCCAGCUCCCGCGGAGACGAUCCCAGCCCCAAGGGAGACGAUCCCAGCUCCAAGGGAGACGAUCCCAGCUCCGGAGGAGACGAUCCCGGGGCCGUGCACGACCCCGCGCUUGCUGCUGCUCGUGCUGCUGUUGCUGCUGCUCGGCAGCAGCUGGAGGAGAAGCAGCAGCGGAAGGAGACACUGGACGCGCUGCUGCUGCACCUGAAGCAGCAGCUGAGCGAGACGGAGCAGCAAAUAGAGAAGCAGCAGCAGCAGCUGGAGACGAUCCGGGAGCGGAACUUGGAGACGAUCCGGGACCCCACAGCAGCAGCAAUUGCCCGAGCUGAUGCUGUUGCUGCUGCGCUGCAGCACACAGAAAGAGCUGUGAAGCUGCUGCACCGCAGAGCAGCAAAAGCAAGGAGACGGCUGGAAGACAAAGCAGCAAAAGCAGCAGCAGCAGCAGCAGCAACAAACUUUGCUGCCAGCUUGACGGAAUACAUAGUGCAGCAGAAGCAAAAAGAAGAGGCCUUCUUGGUGGCUCUGGAUGUGCUGCUGCAGCAGCUCAACAGCUUGCGAGCAGCAGCAGCAGCAGCAAAAGAUGACCUGUCUCUAAUGAGGAGACAGGAGCGGCUGCUGGGCCUUCCUGUGGGGGAGUUGGAAGCAGCAGCAGCAGCAGGCGAGGCUUCGGAGCAGCAGCAGCAAGUCGUGCUGCUGCUGCAGCAGGAGACAGAAAAGGAGACACUGGAGCUGCAGCAGCAGCUGCGCGAAUGCAAGGAGACACAGGAGGGCCUCAGCAGCUGGCUGCAGGACUUGAGCGAGGCGCCGCAGGAGACCGAGCUGCUGCUGCUGCAGCAGGAAGCAGCAGCAGCAGCAGCACUGCAGCGCGAAAAGGCCCGGCAGCAGCACAUCGAAAAGCGUCUCCGAACUCUCGAAGAAAGAGCAGCAGCAAAUCUCAAACAAGAAGUUGCUGCUAUGUUUACGGAGGCGCUGCUGCUGCAGCAGCAGCGCCUCCGCAUGAUCUCCCCGCGGUGGCCCCCUGAGCAGCAGCAGCAGCAGCAGCAGCAGCAGCAGCAGCAGCAGCAGCAGCAGCGGAAGCUGCUGCGGGUGAUGCACAAGAUGCACCGGCAAGAAAUAAAAGAGGAGCUGAAUAGACUGAAGGACUUGGAAGCAGCAGCAAAAGCGUUGGAGGAUGAACUGUCUCCUUUUGUGUCUCCUCGGAGCCUGCCGGGGGCAGCAGCAGCAGCAGCAGCAGCAGCAGCAGAGGCGAAAGCAGCAGCAGCGCCCUUCCGCUUCCCAGAAGGCCGCAGCCACAGAUUUGCUGGCGAACAAGUGCAGCAAAGACCUGCUGCUGCAGAAAGGAGACAGUUGGAAGAUGGCUGGGUGGGGGAGACUUACAGAGUGGGCCUCAGGCUCCGCAAGGAAAGGGACUGA